UUUCAUGCUGUUUUCAAGUUUCGUAGCUUCUGAGAAUUAGUUAACUCUUUAAACUUUAUUAAUAUUUGUGUUUUCCUCCAUAUAUGAUAAAAGUUGUUGAGGUUGCAUGCAAUGAUUUUGAGUUUAAAUAUAGUAAUGUUCAAGAGCCGAGUCAACAUGGGAAGGAAGUUGAAAACUCUAGCAAUUUUACUAUCCUUGUCAACUCUUGUCUAUACUCCGGUAUCUACCACAUCAGUGGAUGAGCUUGUUAGGAUAAAACUAAAGAAAGUGAAAUUUAGUGAAACCAGCUCAGACGUCACUUUAAACGCGUCUGUUAGGAAGUACACAAAGAGUUCAAAUAACCUUCGUGAUUCCACGAAAUCUGAUAUCAUAGCACUAAACAACUAUAUGAAUGCUCAAUACUUUGGUGAGAUCGGCAUUGGAACCCCACCUCAGAAAUUUAAUGUGAUCUUCGAUACAGCUAGUGCUAACUUGUGGGUACCUUCGUCAGAAUGCUUAUUUUCGGCAUCUUGCUCUAGCCACAUGAAAUACGAGUCAAGUAAAUCAAGCACUUACAAAGCAAAUGGCAAAUUUGCUACUAUCCACUAUGGUACAGAUUCAAUAUCUGGAAAUUUUAGCCAAGAUAAUGUUAAAGUUGGUGAUCUAAUUGUUGACGAUCAGAUAUUCAUUGAGGCAACGCGGGAGUCUGGUGUCACAUUUUUGGCGGGGAGGUUUGACGGUAUCCUUGGGCUUGGAUUCAAGGAAAUCUCUAUUGGCAAUGUUGUUCCAUUG